AUGGACGGGCCGGCGGUGCUGUCGCUACCGCCGAUAACCGCGCCCCAAAAAUCAGCACAAUCGCCGCAGCCGCCGUCGCAUUCGAAAUCCAAUCAGGAGUUGCAGGUGGGCACGGUGUCGCUCUACGGAAUCCACAUCGUCUCGCUGGUGAUCGAGGGCCAGGAGCGGCUGUGCCUCGCUCAGAUCAGCAACACGCUGCUCAAGCAGUUCAGCUACAACGAGAUCCACAACCGCAGGGUCGCGUUGGGCAUCACUUGCGUGCAAUGCACCCCGGUCCAGCUCGAGAUCCUGAGACGUGCCGGUGCCAUGCCGGUCUCCUCGCGGCGGUGCGGCAUGAUCACGAGGAGGGAAGCCGAGCGUCUCUGCAAAUCGUUCCUCGGCGACAACGCGCCGCCCAGGCUACCAGAGGACUUCGCGUUCUCAGUGCACCACGAGUGCGCGUGGGGCUGCAGCGGGGCGUUCCUGCCGGCGCGUUACAACAGCUCGCGAGCGAAGUGCAUCAAGUGCACGUACUGCGGCCUGUUUUUCUCGCCGAACAAGUUCAUCUUCCACUCGCACCGGAUCGGCCCGUCGGACAAGUACGUGCAGCCGGACGCGGCGAACUUCAACUCGUGGCGCCGCCACAUGAAGCUGUCCGGCGAGCAGCCGGACGAGGUGGUGCACGCCUGGGAGGACGUCAAGGCGAUGUUCAACGGCGGCACCAGGAAGCGGCUGCUAAGCACCGCCUCCAGGGAGUCGCCUAUACCGACGAAGCGGCCGAGGCUGUCGCCCACGGGACAGAUCCCCGCCCUCGACCCGCCCCCGGCGCACCCCAGGGUCCCGCCCUUUCCGGAGCUGCCACUCCCGCUGUCCAGGAACCUCGUCAUGGACUACGUGUGGCAGCAGCACCAGCAGGCCGCCGUCGUCGCCGCUGCCAAGUCGCCUGGCUUCCCCUUUCCGCCUUAUGUGCUACCCUGGCUGGCUAAGNNNNUACAAACUGUAUCCUCAGGGCCACUUCCGCCGCCAAUAACCGGCUCCAGCCCAGAACCACUGCUCCCAGCAGUAAACCCGACGCUACAUCAGUCCGCCUUCCGGCCCGUGAUCCGCGGGCCGCUGAUCGUCGAGCUCGGAAACCAGAAACAGCCGGCGGACACGUCGGCGACGACCAACGAGGAGAAUUCCGACGACGAAGUGGACAUCGAGACGACGGAAGACGACCCGGUGACACCGCUGACGACGCAGAGUCUGCAUUCGGUGCCAAAAUCGUCCGCCGGAAGUCACAGCGGACACAACUCACCUCAGUGCUGGAGUCCGCCUCGGGAAACGGAACGAGAAGCUGAGAAAAUUGCAGAGGAAGCGGCAGCCAAGCGCGAUCCGAAACCAGAGCUUUUACCAGAGAGGAGUCCUGAGAACUGGCAAGGAAGCAAUUUCUAUCGACAUCUGAGCGUGUUAAAGGGAAACGAGCCGACGGAGAGAACGGGCACGGAUUGUUCGGCCUGCCAUCAGCGCGGAAUAUUUUACGGGCAGAUUCACAGUCCGUCUGCGUCCACUAAUUAAUCGACGCGGCCGGGUGCCGGAGGGACGGCGGGGGACGACAAAGGUAGAGAAUGAAAUUCGAAAAGACAUUGUAGCGGCUGACUAUUGCUAAGCGCGUUAUUCUUUUCCCAGCACUAAGCGAAUCGAUCCUUCGUGUUACGUGUAACCCAGUGAAUGCGAGAAUACGAUCACGAACCAUU